AUGGCGCCCUCGACGAAGGGAACAUCCUCUUUCGGUAAGCGCAGGAACAAGACGCACACCCUGUGCCGUCGUUGUGGCUCCAAAGCAUACCACCUGCAGAAGUCGUCUUGCGGCAAAUGUGGUUACCCCGAGAAGCGCAAGAGAAAGUACAACUGGAGUGCUAAGGCCAAGAGGAGGAACACCACUGGCACCGGUCGGCUGAGGCACCUCAAGGUUGUGUACCGUCGAUUCAGGAAUGGAUUCCGGGAAGGUACCACCCCCAAGCCUAGACGUGCUGCAGUGGCAGCCUCCAGCUCCUCCUAA